AAACAACAUAACUUCGUCAGGUAAAUCCCUGUUGGUGGCGGUAGUGCGUUUGACCGGCUGCCCGGCUCCUGCUCCAUGCUGCUCCCGCUUGGUGGCAACCAUAGGUGGCGACAGAGGCUGACUAACUCAAGUCCGGUGUGUUUGUUUGCAGACAAAAUACUCCGUGUUUAAAAUAUAUUUAGACAUGCCCGAGGACAUGUUGACUUGUUAACUCUUUUUAAACAUCUCGACAGAGAUGACAGUGAUGUGGACGGUGAAGGUGGUUGGCAUGGGUUUGGUGGCCCUCUCGCUCAGUGUGGAGUUGCUUAGCCGGCUCCUGCGUCGCCUCAGGCCUGAGAGAAGUCUCAAUGAGGUUCUCUUCUUCCCCUCAGAGAUGGCCUGUGUGGAACACAUCUUUACUCCCUCUUCACCUUACUCCUGUUUCUGUUCGUUGCCUCAUGGUGUGGAGACCUCUUUUUCCUGUCUUCUUCGCCACAUCAUGUCUGCUUCCUCUACUCUGGAUUUGUGUGUUUUUGCCUUUUCCAACAUGGACCUGAGCAGGGCUGUAUUAGCACUGCAUGGAAGGAGCGUAACCAUCAGGGUCCUCACUGACAAGCACUACUCUGCCAUCACUGGCUCCCAGAUAGGGGUUCUCCGCAAGGCUGGAAUCUGUGUACGGUGCGACGUUGGCUCCGUGCACAUGCAUCACAAGUUUGCAGUGGUGGACGGCCAGCUGCUCAUCACCGGCUCCCUCAACUGGACGCUGACAGCAGUGCAGAGCAACAUGGAAAAUAUCCUCGUCACUGAAGAGCCAGACCUGGUCCGACCCUUCAUCAAGGAGUUCCACAGGUUAUGGACACACAACGAUCCAGCUCAUUAACUCCCAUCAAGCAACCAAUAACUCACACUAGCUCACAUUACCGCUAGAACCAAUGACUGAUUAGCCGAAAGGAAUACUGAGUCAGAGCUUGUGAACCUCUGCGAUAGAAGGCAUGCGUGGGAAAUCUUUUCAGUCAGAUUGGCCACAAAAUGCCUCCAAGAUCUUUUCAUUACAUGAGUAAGUGCUAUUAGUUUGAGUUUUGUAAGUCAUGUUAUAGAGAGUUGAGUUACUGUUCAAGAUUAUGAGAGUUCUAAGGCAGUUAAGUGUUACUGUUUUUUGUGUGUUUUCUUUAAAUGCUCUAUACAAAAGAAUUCAUUUGAAGUGCUGCCUGUUGAAAUGGACAGUAGUGGAAGUAGAAGCACUGUUUAGCACAAAGGCCUAAGACAAGGUGUUCCUGUUUAAAGAUGUGAAAAAUGUUUAAGGUGAGAACAUUUCUUUUUUUUUUAAAUCCAAGUUUAUGUUUUUUAUAUUGUGUCACAGGUUGAAGAUCUUCACUGAGGUAGUCAUUACAUUACAUCAAUUACAACAAUAAUCCAUUACAUGAUACGUUUUUCCCCUCAGGACUAAGAGGAGUAUAGUACAUGGAUACGUUUUUGAAUUAACCGACUGCUAAAAUCAAUCCACAGUUCACUUUGUGUAUAACUCCAAAUUACAUUGGCAGUAAAGAUCCGGUGUACUGUUCAGGGUGUGCUACUGCGGUCUUAGGGAU